AAAGAAAACAAUGCAACUGAAUAUAAAAACAGAAAUGAAAGUGUCGACCCUACGAUUUUUAAAAGUUUAGAAUAUACACAUUUCCAUCUGCUUGUUAGUUUAAUAAGUGGAAGUAGAAAGUGGAGGUUUUGUAUCAUGCCAAGGUGGUUUAUGCGCCGAUUAAAACUGAAGCCCGAUCAGUCUUCCGGUGUCAGUAAUUGGUUUUCAUGACAACGGCAUAGUUGACUACCUGAGAGUUACAGUUGUCUGUUUCAAAAAGAGAUUUAAACACGCUGGUUGUAUUCAGGAUGUCUCUCUAUCGUGGAAGUCCUACCCCUUUUUCUAGUCAUAAAUCGUCAGAUCCUGAAUUCUUGAGUUCCAAGAAGUCACACCUCACAGAGGAAGAAAUUUUUUAUACAAAUUGCCGUGCAGCAUACCUGUCAGUUUUUAGAAGUAGUUUAGAGAACAUCACCUCAAAAGAACAGCUCUGCAUAGUACUUCAGAAAGCUGGUAGAAGCCCAUCUCAAAAGACAAUUGACAAGUAUUGGACUUCAAAGACCUCAAAGUUGCAAUUUGAUGAUUUCUGUGAGAUCUUGAAAAGAGAGAAACCUCUAACAAAAACUGAGCUGCUAAAAGCAUUCCAGAUAAUAGAUAAGUACAACAGUGGAUAUAUAACACAUGACGAUCUUCGCAAAGUUCUUAGUCUGAAAGGUGAAAAAAUGUCUCAAGGUGAGAUACAUGCUGUUAUAGAACUGGCUGAUGUAAACAGCGCUGGAAAAUUUGACUAUAACAAGUUUUGCACAUUAUUUACAUUAACUGCUGAGCAGUGUUUGAAGUCUUCAGUAGAGAAGUUGGAAAACGAUGCAAAAAUUAAGCGCCAACAAUUUGGAAGUCAUUCAGAAAAAUCCCCAGAAAGGUUUUCAUCACCAGCUUCAAAAAUGUUUUCAGGAACUCGUUGGAACUCAGAAGAAGAGAUAACACCAAGAGAGAUAACACCAAGGAAAGGGGAAAACAAAUCAUCUUCUAGACCAUCAUCUUCUCGAUCUCGCAGAGCAUCAAUUUCUUCCACAAUAAGUAUGGGGGCAAGCAGUACCAAAAAUUCAAAAUCUCUAGAGCCCAAAAAUUUAAAGGAAUGGCAAAAUGCAAGUCUUAAAGGAUGCUUCUAUUUGGAGGAAGAAGGUGGAUGCAUAAAUCAUCAAUACCGGUUGUACCUUUCUCAAAAAACUACAGUCUAUCUUACUAUUAAGCCUUUCAAUCUCAGCCAGAUAGAAGAAAAAACAUGUCCAUGGAUGUCAGUAGACACAGCACUGUAUGUUGUGAAGGAAAAAAGUGAAAAUUCACAAAACGUAGAGCCUAUAUGCUUUACCGAAUUCCAUGAUAAAGAGAAGUUUUACUGGAAAGGAGAACUUGUUUCUGGAAUAUAUCGACUACUGCCUUUGACAACAGGCUGCAGGCUGAGGAAGAAGAAAAAGCAGAUUACUGGAGAAGCCAAAUUGCUGUACCGAAAUAGUUCUGGAGAUCUAACCCUCACCAAAGAGUUCAGGUCAGCAUUAUCAGAUAUAUUUGAGGUGAUUGACCUUGAUGGAAAUGGCCUUCUUAGCCUUGAGGAGUAUAACUACUAUGAAAUGAGAACCAGUGGCGAGAAAUGUGAUGAAGAUGCAUGGGAUUUAUGCAAAAAAAAUUUUAACACUCAGAAAAAUGAGCUGACAAGGCAGGGGUUCAUGGAACUAAAUCUUAUGGAAGCUGAGGAACAAGAAGGAGAUCCAAGUGACCUCUGGGUUACUCUGACAUCUAUGGGUUACAAUAAAGCACUGGAAAUGGUUGAAGCAUGUCCAUUUAUUAUUGAUGUUUACACGGAGAAGAGUAAACCUAAACUUAAAGUAAUCAGUUUAGAGCAAGGUGGUAAGCUUCUUAAUAUGGCUGUCUGCAAAUCUGUCGUUGACAAAGGUGAAGCUAAAAUGAUGAAGGGUUAUGAUGAAGUAGUUAUCCAUACUUACAAGAGUGAUACACGGAUAACUUCAGUAAUUGAAAAUAAGGGUAGUACAGAAGUGACUGUUCAUGUCAACAUGGAGCAAAGCAAAAACUGUAUUAACAGUAGGGGUUUGAACAGCUUUGCUGUUGAAGUGGCACCUAAAUCAGAAAUGGUUUGUCAACAUGUGAUGCCUGUGAAUGAACGUCAGGAAUGGAUUUACCAUUGUAAUGAAAGCAUUGUGGCCUAAGAACACUGAAAUACAGGAUUGAUACAUUUUGUUCCAAGGCUGAUGAUGUCAUCAUAGCUGGCCAUAUAAUCAUUCUUGAAAAACUAAUUUGAGAAAGAAGAGCAUGUUUUACUAUGCAAGCUAUAAGUUUAUAGUGCCAUUUUAAGUGCAGAUACCACUGAAUGUUUUCUUUUCCCCACCCCACUCACUUUCUACUUAUCAUUUAGCAACCCCAUGAUUAGUCUGCUCAAACUAAGUGCAACUGUUUUUUUUCCAUUUAUGAAGUACAGAACACUAGUGGCAUUUGAACUGCUGGCUUUUGAGGCCUUUAGCUGCUGCCUUCAGCCUACUCCAGGUGACUCCCCAUUUUACAGGGUUUCGCCUCGUGUAGGUCACAUGUAGAAGAAUGAAGACACACUGCCUCUUAAUUAGCUGACAGUGUUUUUACUGCACUACCCAUACUGUGGUUACAUUAGGCAUAUCUCUAUUUCUUUACUAUCCAAAUAACCUGUACUGUUUGUUUAUUUAUUUGAGUUGUUAACUGGAUAGGUGGAUUAGUCCCUAUGACCAUUUCAGCAAUGACCUAGGUCAAAGGCACAUUUAAGUAAUAGCAAAUUUACAAUUUAGCAACUGAAUGAGCACACCAAUAAAAAGCAAGGGUUAAACAUAAAAUAAUCAGAUUACUUGUGCAUGUAAAAAACAGCAAAAGAAAACGAAGAAAACAGUAGAAUACUAAGGUUAUACAACAAAUAAGAACCCCCACUCCAGAGAAUACAGGUUUCAGCACAUAGAAAAUAUUGAUUAUUUGCAUGAAAUUUUACAUUAAGAUAAAAACUAAGAUGAGCAAAACUGCAGUUAGAUUUUAGCUGAAGUCAAAAAGUAUUCAAAAACGAAUUUACCAAUAUCUUCCAACUUACUUUUACUAAGUAAUAUUAAUAUAUUUACACAUAUAUAAACAAAUGAAGUCCCAAACAGUGUAGCAGAAGUUAAAUAAUGAGUGUGAGUAGAAAUAAUGCAAGUAGCAGUAGAAUUAGCAAUUACAAAGAAAGCAAAAAACAUUUAUACUUAUCUUUUAAAUGACUAGUUAGCUUUUCCCCCUGAACAAAUGAUCAUCUCUUUGGGCACUGAUGCCCUGCAGUAAAUGAUUCCAUUUGGACAGUACUGUUUUGCUAAAAUACUUUUCCUCCUGUGGCUUGCCCAAAUUGAGGGCGUCAAAAACUGAGAGAUUUAUCAUUGUUGUCAGUAAGAUGACAUGAGGAAGUUUUGAAACAUAAUUUAUUUGCUAAAGAUCUACUAUAGCAGUUAUAAGUGUGAAUGUGAAUAUUGAUUAUAUUUAGACAGCUAUAGCAGUAACUGCAACUGGCAAUCGUUUUGUCCCAUCAAAUUAAGAAAUAAAAUUACGUAUACCUUCUUGAAAUCAAGUGUAUAGAACAAACAAGCACACUGUGUCAAAAGAUCUUGUCUCAUGAUAAACCUGUUUUUAAUUGUAACUUGAUACAAUUAGAUGAUAAACACCUGCCAGAAGUACUGUCAAAUAAUGAUAAAAAUGAUAUAAAUCAUCAUUGUGAACAGUAUAUUCCUACACUAUGUCAGGAUUCUGGAACCACUAACAUUUCAUUUUAAAAUGAUAGACCACCUGUUCUUUACUCGUAAGCUAUUAUUGAGCCUAGAGUUUCUACAGAGAGACAACAAAUUCCAGGAUGACUUGCAAAUUAGCAUUAUCUAAUGAUAAGAAGUUAAGGAGGGGGACUUUAGGUGGGUCAGAAAAAACAAAUUUAGAAUCCCUUCAACUUGAGAAAAAUUCCUCUAUAUUUAUUGCUAAUAUAUAUAUAUAUAUAUAUAUAUAUAUAUAUAUAUAUAUCUAUGUUUGCUUUGAUGCAUUUAUAGCAGAGUUCCAGACAUUGUUUUGUAAGAUUAGUAAUGUUUUAAUUUUAUCAGACUCCAUGUUUAAAUCUAUUGAGGAAAAAUUAAGUAAUAUGGACAAAAUGAUCAUAACCAUUUCUGCACUACCAAGUCUGAAACUAACUGAUAUUGUAGAUUUAACUAGUGAAUUGAGCGAGUAUGGCUAUUUCCUUAUAUUCAUUCACUGUGACAUAAAUGACCUUCAGCAUACCACUUUAAGACAUAUGAGCAAUGUGCUACAGAUUAUUGAAUUUCUUGAAUCCUCAAAACUAGAAGUUGCUUUUACCAAAAAUUAUCCAUAUAUAAGACUCCGUGAUUAUUUAUUCACCAAACAUACUUAGUAAUCACCUGACUGAGGCAAUUAUGUUCUACCUGCUUAAUUAAACUGAUGACUUUCUAGGAAGAGCAAAGGUAUGAUCAUUAAAUGUUUGCCAAGGAUAAAUUCCGUCUUGGUUAUUAUGGUGCAGAUUAUGUUGCAAGUAGGGUACAAGAAUGUCUUAAGUCUUUUUAACUGUAACUCAAACUGAAACGAGUUUGCAUCCAUAAACAAUAAACCUAAUACAUCUUUUAAGUCUUUUUCUGUAAUGCACAUAGCCUUCGAAAUAAAGCCCAUGAAAUAAA